AUGCGUACAUACUGUUACACAGCCGCGAUCGAAUCUUGGCCGCCGUCGGUUGCCUGCGAACAAAUCGGGGCAUUGGCGCUCGCCGCAGCUCAUCUCCGCGUCGCGCGGCCGACCGACGACAUCGACAGGCUGCUGCCCUUCUAUCGAGAUGGCCUCGGUUUCGAGGUAUUGGGCAGAUUUGCCGACCACCUAGGCUUUGACGGCGUUGUGCUCGGCCACAAGUCUGCUGCUUACCAGAUUGAAUUUACAAAACUUCGGGGCCACGACGUCGGCCGGGCUCCGACGCAGGACAACCUUCUAGUCUUCUACCUUCCCGACGACGAUGCCUACACCAAGGCGGUGACACGUAUGGAGGAAAAUGGGUUUCAAGCCGUUGCAAGCUUCAACCCCUACUGGGACCGCUACGGCAAGACCUUUGAGGAUCCAGACGGGUACAGAGUGGUGCUUGCCAACAGGCCCGCUCCGUUUGCGUCUUCCCCCUGAUCCACUGCGAGUCUCCAACGCCACAAUGGUCAUGUUCCGAACCACCGACCGUCCAGGCAACUACAGUAGUUGGCCAUUGCCUUCAGAUGGCUGCCGAUGUUUUUUUUUUUUUUUUUGGCCCGUGGAAGCGCUGUUUUCGCAAGGAAGCGCUCGUGAAUGGCGGCCUCAGCCCGGAAGUUAGU